GACAUAACUGAGUCCUAUAUAUAGCUGUUUUACUCUGCAUUAUAAACAGUAUUGUAAGUAUUUUCUGAUAAUAUUCUUGUUAUAAAGAUAAGAAAUGAAACAGUUCGCUCUUGUAGUUUUCUUGGCUUGUGUUGCAGCUACUUUGGCCGCGCCACGCUUAGAAGCAGACCCAGCAAAGGCCAAGGCAAGUCAGGAGAAACUUAAAGAAGCUCAUCAGAAAUGUCAGAGCAACCCAGCAACAUCCGUGGACCAGCAAGCGCUCAAAGCUCUACGCGACGGCGGAGAAAAACCAGCGAACUACGGUGCCCACGCUCUUUGUAUUUCACAGAAUCUGGGAUGGCAAAAUGCCGACGGAUCGGUGAAUAAGGACGUCGUGCAAUCCAGAGCCGAGGCAAUCUUCGGGCAGUCUCCGAAACUAAGCGAAAUCGUUAACGAGUGUACCCAGCCUCAGGCCAAUGCUGAAGAAACGGCCAUUUACUUGACUAGAUGUUACGCCAAGUACAGUCCUCGUCCAAGUGGAGCUCCACCAGGUCACUAGAUAAAAAUACCAUUAAGAUAUUUUCAAUUCAUAAAAUGUAAUCGAAAUAAAGAUCUAAUAUAUUAUUUUUUUUAUAAAUAAA